AUGAUUCAACAACAGGACAAGGAGCAGAAAGUGGAGCAAGUAAUACAGGAAAAGAGACAAAUAAACCCAAUUCAAAUGGAGAAGAUAAUACAGGUAAAACAAAAAUCACCAAGUGAAACAAAGCAAAAAACAGAGUCAACAACUGGAGAAGGAACAGAUGGAACAAGUAACACAGAUGGACAAAAUCCAAAAGCAUCAACAAGCACCACUGAAGGAGGAGACAAAAAUGAAGCAACUCAUGGUAACAAUGAACAAGAAACAGGAACAAGUGGAGCUGGAGGAGAAGAAGGACAAAAGCAAGAUGAACAACAUGACAAAGGAACGAAUGACUCAACUAAUGAACAAGGAAAAGAGCAAAACAAUAAAGGUGCAACAACAGAUGGAAAUGGUGAACCAGCAACAAACAAUAAUAACAAAGGAGAAGAAGGAAAAAAAGAAGAAAAAGUAAAACCAAAAAAUGAAACAACCCCAGAUGAAAAAGAUACAAAAACAAAUAAUGACAAAGAUGAAAAGAAUAAUAGUGAAACAGGAACUUCAGAUAAUACAAAGAAUAAUUCAAAUGAAAAACAACAAACAACUUCAAAUGAUAAACAAAAUAAUACCACAAAUACUAAUUCUGAAAAUAAAAUGAAUGAAAAAUCAAAUAAUAACCAUGAUGAACAAAAUGAACAACAUAAUAUUGAUAAUGCUUCAAGUAUUUUCAUUCUUCUGUCUACAUUCACUCUAACUUUGUUAUUUUAA